CCGUAAACAAAUAUCGGAAGCUAGCUGUUUGAGAUGUCGUGCAUACUGUGAAUUAAAAUCUGACAAUAGAGCUAAAGUAGAACCCAGACAGCGCUGUUGGUGUUACUUACAAUUACAUUAAGAGCGUUUAGUAAUGCUACUGAGCUAGCUGGCUAGCUUAAUAGCAUAACUGACGAUAUUUAAGGUUCCUACUGUUUCUUAAGUACACGUGAAUAUAAAUAUAUAUAUAUAUAACAAUGUCUGGACCAAAUGGAGAUCCAAACAUUUCUGCGGACGAUGGUAUUAUAAACGACGAAGAUGAUUUCGGCGAAGAAGAGUACUCUGCCAUCAACAACAUGCUAGAUCAGAUCAACUCUUACCUCGAUGACCUGGAAGAGCGGAACGACGCUCUUAAUGGCAAACUGCACGAACUGAUGGAGUCAAAUCGGCAAGCUCGACUGGAAUUCAGAGCCCAGUUGUUGGGCCCCCCAAAGGAGGAGGAUGUGGAGGAGCACUGUCCCGCAGCAGAUGGGGAGUCCUCCUCAACCAGCAAGGAGGACAUAAACGAGGAUAAAGAAGGCUUGCAAAUGAAUGACAUUAAUAUUUAGAUCAGGAGGUUAAAUUAAGGAAAAAGCCGGGAUAGAAAUACUAUGAAAGGUGACUCAACUCCUGAAAGCUCUCAUUUGGACUAGUGACCCUUUAUCUUCAUAGUUGACGCUCACAUCAGCAGGCGUGUGCGAUAGAUUACAUCUCCUCCUUUGCAGAGCUCAUUCCGGUUUCUCCUUUGGCAAUGUGCUGAUGUUCUGGUAACUAACCUCAAACAGCUUCUCAUGCAAGCUGGAUGUUACAUCAACUUCUUUAAUUUCACUGCAGACUUUAUAAAUCUAAAGCCAGAUGUGCCGCUUUGUAUUGGGAAGAAAAGGCUCUGUAGAGAUUUGUACAGGAUUAUGUGGGAGGUCACAAUGCCAAGUUCUAAAGCAAGAAAACGACUAAAUAUAUAUAUUUUUAAAGUUGGUAUUAAAACGUGGUCUUUGAUAAACAAGGUUCAAACUACAGGAUCAACCUUAAAUCUUUCCAGAUUCUGGACCUAAAUAUUGUUUUGAUACAGAUUUCAUAUCAAAAACUUCUCAAGCAUUUAAGUCAGUCCUUGUUAAACAGAGAAAGACUCCAAUUGAACUUCCUCAAGUGUUUCAUCGCAUUAGCUUUGCAAACCCUCCCAAAAAGUAAAUAGGAAGCAUUCGACACUCAUAUGUAUUAUAAUGCUUGUUGUGCAUCCUAACUGUAAACGCUGUGCUGUGUUCAGUGUCUGUUAAGUGUGAGCUGUAAAAUAAAAAAAACCCCGAAACAUUGGAAUUAUGAGACAUUUUUAAUAUAAAUUAAGAUGACUCCCAAACAGAAAACAAACAUCCAAAAAUACAAUAAACUUCCAGCAGUUAGAAAACAUCACCAGUUUGUUCAUCUCAAUUUGUCAGUAGCUGAAUAAAAAUACAAUAAGAAACGUACAGCUUUGUUUGAAGUCAUCCUUUACAUGCCCUUUUUUUUGCCUCUCCCUCUCUCUGUUCUGUUUCAGAGCUUAAAAGCACAGAUUAGAUCACGUCUCCUUCACUCAGAGAGAAUACAACACUAAUCAUGUGACAGUCGCUGACGUGACUACAAGGGUUGCUACGUAUGUCAGUCAGUCCUCUGUGGUUGAUAAUAGGUUUCUCUAAAACACAGGGUGAAAUGUUUCCAGAGCAGAGCGCUGGUUAUGAUGAAGGAAGUGGUGCUUCCUAUUUCACCCUCACCUGUGAGUAACACCUCUGGAUAAUCUACAGGACUCUUUGCUACAUUUUAACUGAUAGUUUUGUACUAUCGCCCAACUGUGUUUCUAUCCUUGGUACAGCAACUAAAAUAAAAUGAUGGUAAACUGGAGUCAAAUAAGCACCAACUUAAAACAAUGACAUUGGGCUGUGAAUGCUUUUAAAAAGGAUGAGUGGAAAACAUAAUUGUUUUUAUCUAAAUGUAGCCUGUGCCAUCGAUUCUGACCUGGAGGCGACAGCAGAGCGUUUAAACUGAAAAACAAGAUGUAGACAAAGUGCAUGCAGCCUUAUGCAAACGAGAAGAAUCGUCAUUUAGAUUAAGUGCCUUACUGCUAUAAGAGAAGCCUUUUAUUUUUGGCUGCCGACGGCCUUUUAAAAAUACACACACUCUUCACCGGACUAUAUUUUGACAAAGGGUGUCCAUUACCACAUUCGGCUCUUACAAACUGCUUUCAGUGUGAAGGGAACUACUGCUGACUGCCUUGUUCUUUUUGUUGCCCAAAACAUAAUCAGCAACAUCAAAUUAAACCCAAAAUCCCAGCCAUUCAUAAAAAAAGAAGAUAAAAUGCUGUGAACCAGGCUGCGAUCAGAUCCAAGAUUCAGCUUUUUUUCUUCACUCAGUCCAUGUGCCACUAAGACCUGUUUGUUUUAAAACAAAUGUUGACACCUGCUCAAGUAUGCAGUGUGCUUACAUUCUACAUUUCACCAUGUGCUAUGUGUGAUUAGCCAGUGUCUCCACUUUACCAUCAGUCCAGUCUUUUAUACUGGUAGGUUGUACUAACCAUCAGUCACCUAGCUAGCCAGAGAAUUAGCGUAAAAAAAAUAAAAUAAAGAAAAGCUGAUAAUGAGCCAUCUAAGACUUCCGAUUCUUGAGGACAACAGGGUGGGAAAUUAGCACUUUAGCGAGCAGUCUUAAUUUUAAAUGUCACUGGAGGAAUUCAGCUUAGGAAGAAAAG